CGUCUGGGCCGGGUGACGUCAGCCGUCACGGUUCGGUGACCAAUAUCCGGUGACCGGUGGCCGCGGUCGGUCGGAGCGCCGCCUGAUCACCGCCCGGGCAAUCAGCGCCGCCAAAUCCCCGCGGCCGCGCCCCCGCCGCUGCCGCGUCUAAUUACGAUAAGACGCGAGCUCGGCCGACCUUCUCGUCCUCCGAGCGGGGCGGAUCGGUGCCAGUAGACCGCGGCGCCGGUUAAAUGGACGACAUGUGUCGGCGGCGCGGCCUUCCGCGGAGCCCGGAUGCGGGCGCCGCCGGACGGACAUUGGGACGCGGCGGAUCAGGGAAACGGAGCGCCCAUCUGCACCGGGGAUUACCCGAGCAAUGAGGAACCAAACCAGGCAGUCUGGUCGUGUCGGCGUGCUCCACCGUUGUGUGCAUUAUGCCAGACUCCCAGCCGCCGUUACAGGAGGUCAGUCAGCAGACAGCAGAGGUCAGCGCGGUGUGAGCGGGCGGUGCCGACCGGCCGGCCGGCCCCGUCCCCGCCCGGGGGCGUCCAUGAGCCUCCCUCUGCCGGCCUGCGACACCUGGACAAUGCCAGUGAACCUGACGGACGGGCCGGCGGGCGGUGACCCGUCGGCGGAGCGGUCAGAGGUCGCCCCACCGAUCGCCGCCGGCCCCGUCCGGCCCGAGGAGAUGGUCCUGGUGGCGUCCGCACUGGUCAUCUGGGUGGCCGCCAUCCUGCUCUGCGUGCACAGGUGGGGAAAGAUAAGAAUGCUGGAGCCAUAUCUUCCCGAUUAUAACGACCCAACGUCACAGAAGGGCGGUCUGCUGAUGGACGCCAGUCCGGCGCUGGCCUUCAGUCGCCUGCACUCGCCGCUGAUCCCCAUGGUGCACUGUCCGCACGGCCGCGGCAGCAUGGCCUGCCAGCACUCGCAGUCCACGUCGCGGCUGCUCUCGCACGCGCGCGACGCCUGCGCGCUGGCGGCCGCGCGCAAAACCCGCUCGGCCGACAGUCUGGUGACGCACACCAUACACGUGCACCCGCCCAACUCGCUGCUCUAGGGCUGA